ACAGCAGGACAGAUCGAGCACACCCACACCUAGACCUGGUGCCGUCCUGCUGCUGCCGCCCACGAUCACCGAGCCCAUCUGUCUCUUGGCUGUCAAUACACCAAUACACCAAUACACCAAGCCGCUUCCGCAGUCGCAUAAACCAUCCGAAAAGUCCAAUGGCCGCUCUUCGAUCGCCGCAGUCAGCCGCAUCCACGAUCGUGCGUGUCCUGCACUCGACUCUGUUCCGAUCAUCGUUCUCGACAUCGAGUGUCGCCGCAGGCUCGCUCCGGGUCGGGCUGCUGGUGAAACGCAAUCCCGUGGUUCUGCGCGAGCUUAGCGAAUUCGAGUCCAGCUACUACACAUACCGGGACGCCCGCGAGCGGGGCGAGUCAAGACUGUUCAACUCGGAAUUCUACUUCAAGAAGGGAACGGUGGCCGAGGCUCGAUUCCAGGAAGGCUCUGCGGUGGCCGAGUCCGAGUCGCAGAAGCGACUCGCCAGUGGUGUCGCUGGCCUGGCUCCGCUCGAGAUCGAAGAUCCGGAUCUGAAGAACUUGAAGAAAGCUGAUCGAGUCACGGAUGUAGAUCAUACCGGCAAUCUGCAGUCGCUGAACCGGCAGCUGCAUCGGACCCUGUAUCUGGUCGUCAAGGACCCAUCGGUGUCGGAAGACAAGAAGGGAUGGAAGCUUCCCGAUGGCUCGGUCAAGGACGACGAGAGCCUGAAACAGGCAGCAGAGCGUCACGCUGAGGAAACCUGCGGAGGCGAUAUUGAGCUGUGGGUAGUUGGCAACGCACCUGUCGGUCACCAUAUCCAAGCUAACAGUGACAAGAUCUUCUUCAUGAAAGGCCAUAUCAUCAGCGGCAACGUCGAGAUCAACAAGCGCAUCGCAUCCAACCACGCGUGGCUCACAAAGCAGGAGCUCAAGGACUACCUGGCCCCAGAUUACUUCGCCUCGGUCAGCCGUAUGAUGUCCGAGCUGUGAGCACAAUAUAUUCUCCAUCGAUUUCAA